UCCGAAAAUAUAUAUAUAGAAGAAGAUACAAAUACAUGUGAAAGUUUGAAACAAUCUAUUCAAUGAAAAAAUAUACCGUAUACUUAUUAUGUUUUAAAAAUUGAUAGACACAUAUAUAUUAUAAUAUACACCAAUUUAGAAUUGAAAAUAAAAUGUUUAUAUAAAAAUAAAUGAAAACAAAAAUCCGCGCGGUUGCGUGGAUCGAGAUCUAGUCUUAUCUUAAAAUUGGUUCAAGUCACCAUGGUUCGUUACUUUCUUCGUAUAGUUUUUACAUAAGCGCCACCUAAAGAUAAUAACAAUUUAAAUAGAAUAAAAUUUACGUAUAUUUAUAUAUUUCAACAGAAUUUACAUAAAUACAUAUAUUUCUACUCAAAUAUACAUAUAUUGUAAGCUAUAUUAAGUUAUACUCUUACUUAUAAAAAAUAAAAUAGCAGUUAAAUUAAAUAAAUCAUAAUGAUAUAAUUUAGUAAAUUUAUUUUAAUAGACUAAAAAUUCAGAAAACAAUUUUUUAUAAGGAAUGAUAUUUUUGGGUAACAGUCUUCAUAUUUUGUCAUAUAUGAAAUAUAUAGAUAGUUAAUGAUUAGUGUGUCAAAAGUUCCCUUUUUGAAAACAAUAUACAGCUCAUUCUUAUGUGUCUACCAAAAUAAUAUGAAAAUACAUAUCAUUUCUUUUGUGUUAGGACAUAUGUCUUAAAUAGCAGUUAAAUUAAAUAAAUCAUAAUGAUAUAAUUUAGUAAAUUUAUUUUAAUAGACUAAAAAAUCAGAAAACAAAUUUUUAUAUGGAAUGAUAUUUUUGGGUAACAAUCUUCAUAUUUUGUUAUAUAUGAAAUAUAUAGAUAGUUAAUGAGUAGUGUAUCAGAAGUUCCCUUUUUGAAAACAAUAUACAGCUCAUUCUUAUGUGUCUACUAAAACAAUAUGAAAAUACAUAUCAUUUCUUUUGUGUUAGGACAUAUGUCUUUCCAAAUAAAUCAAAAUUAUACAUGAUGUCAGCUUGCAUAUUUUUUGUGUGCGUUAAUUGUGAAUUCAGUGUUGAAAAUAUCAUAUUAAAAAUUGGUCACAUAUAGAUAUACAUAUGUAUGUGUGUGUGUGGUAUAUAUGCAGGCAUGAGUCUUAUGAUAAUCCAGCAAACUACCUGAAUAUCUCCAUCAGUAGCAUCCAACCAUUAGAAAGCAGUCAGGUAACUUAUGAUAGUUACAAGUGUUUCAUUGUAGUUCGGUAUUCUGGAUCCAUUGUUUCAUCCAUUUUUAAGUUGAGCAAUCUUUUUCAGAUUAAUUCUUCAAAGCACACCCUCUCUCUCUCUCUCUCUUUAGCCAUGAAUGUAUUGGGCUUACCCUGCUGUGUAAAUCAGAGGCCGACAUUUCGACCAAAGAAGAGGAAGCAUCAUCCAUCAGGGACCAAUGUCAGUGGACUGAGUAUUAGUGAUCAUGUGGUUGAAAAACCAUUCACAGCGACUCUCGUGAGUUACAACCUCAGAGAAGCCGUGAAACUACCUUAUGGUGAAGACAUUAACCAGUGGUUGGCCAUUCACACCAUAGAUUUCUACAACCAAGUAAACGUUUUGUACGCUACUCUCAAAGAGUUCUGCACAACCACCACUUGCCCUAUCAUGAAUGCUGGAUCCUUAUAUGAGUAUAGAUGGGCAGAUGGGAUCGCUAUUAAGAAGCCAAUAACGGUUUCUGCUCCUGAAUACGUUGGGUAUCUCAUGAACUGGAUUGUAACUCAAAUCGAUAAUGAAACCAUCUUUCCGCAAACACCUGAAGCAACAUUCCCACCGAAUUUUAAGGACUUCGUGAAGGUAAUUUUGAAGAGGCUGUUUAGGGUUUAUGCACACAUCUAUCAUUGUCACUUUCAGAAUGUUGUGAAUCUCAAGGAAGAAGCUCAUCUCAACACUUGCUUCGAACAUCUUGUUCUCUUCACAUCUGAGUAUCAGUUGAUUGAUGAAGCAGAGAUGGAGCCUCUUAAAGAGCUCGUGGGAGAGGUUCUGAAACCAUAGAAAAAAGCUAUGGUUUCAAGGUGGAAAAUAAGGAUUGUGAGAUAUAUACCA